AUGAAGGUCCUUCAUAUUGCCUCGACCCUUUCCCUGGCACUGAGAACAGUGUCUGCCGACUGGAAAUCAACCAGCUAUGUUGGUGGCUUUGGUGGUGACUACGAUGGCGACAUCCUUGGCUUGCUGUAUGGAAGCUAUCACAGUGGUCAGAGUUUGCAUCAAGGACCAAGAGAAGAAACACAAACCGGAAGAUACAAUGGUUUAGCUCUGGUCACGAAUGGUUUCAUCCGGGGACUUUCGCAAAGCCAGCCAGAGAUUCAAGAUACCCGCAGCAUGCCUGAAGAUAUUGCCACUGCCAUCGACGCGCUGAGUGCCCCGAGUGCAGCAGUCAUUGACGAACAAGAAUUCAUUUGCACGACCGACGCCCGCAAUAAGCCGAAUUCUCACCGCAUGAAGACAUCAGCCUUGACGACGACGUUCAGCUGCUACUCAGAAGACACAACUGCGACGAAAGUGGCCGAGUUACCUACCAACACCGCUGAAUCAGAGGCAAAUGCCAAAGUGGGAUUCUUCGACAGUAUAACGACACUAUCACCGCAGUUACCUGCGUCCUUCACCUUCACCGCGAAUCACGGCAUCCAAGUUAGCAUCAUUCUACUAGGUUUGAUUGUCUUUUGGUGA